AUGAAGAUGAAAACAAAUUUUAUAUCUAUCCGGACCGAUAUACCUGAACGAUCAAAAUAUACGAAAAAUAAUCAACAUUUGAGAACAACAAACUCACCGAAAAGAGUGAUCCAUAUAACUGUCAAGCCAUCACGCUACAAUCAGUUCAUCGGUUCUCGAGAUAUCUCACGUUCUUCACGUUCUGAUUAUUCGCAUAGAUAUAAAAAAGAUUCGACUAAUAAUUCACAGAAAAACAACAAUAGUUUUGUUCCAUCAAACCUGCAGCGCCAAGCACAUGUGAUGUCAAAAUUAAGAAGCGAUAAUUUACAGACCACACUCGUCAACAAUAAUGCUCCAUCCACUGGGACUCUUAGAAGUGUGCCAUUGAAUUCAUCUGACAUCAAAACUACGUGGGCAAAUACAACAGACUAUCAUUACAAUGGUUUCCAUCACAAUUUAGAUAAGAAAAAAAAGAAAAAAUACAGAAGAUCAUGCUUUAUUUGCUCGAUAAUACUUUUCCUACUCUUAGUUACAGCAACCAUUAUUGCUCUUAUCGUUCUUCUGAUCAAAUCUAAGGCAAAAACGAACGAUAAGUUAUAUACAAAUAUACUUCGUUGGAAUGCAAGUGGCAUCACAAUUGCUGGUAUAACUGGUCGAAGUGGUGCUAAUGCAAGUCAACUGAACAAUCCAUGGGGAUUAGCAUUGACUUAUGAUCGUACACUAUACGUUGUAGAUCGUUUCAAUCAUCGAAUUCAAAGAUUUUCACCAAAUUCUACACAAGCAACAACUGUAGCAGGAAACGGUAUACUCAGUAAUACACUUAAUUCUUUAUCUUAUCCAACGAAGAUCGUGCUUGAUUCAAAUGAUAAUCUCUAUAUAGCAGAUGGCUUUAAUCAUCGCGGAUUAUUCUGGGCAAAAAAUUCCAGUUCAGGAGUUCUUAUCGCAGGUUCAGGUGUUGCUGGUAGUGGAUUGAAUCAAUUGAAUUAUUAUGGAAACAAUCGCAUUAUGGGAUAUAAACCUGGGAAUUUGACAGGUUUUGUUGUUGCUGGUGGAAAUGGACAAGGAUCAAAUUAUUCACAAUUAAACGAUCCGAUAGCUAUGGAUUUCGAUUCAGUAACAAACAGCUUUGUUAUUGCAAAUUUUAAUCGUCAUAAUAUUGUUCGUUGGACAUUAGGCGCAAAUAAUUGGACACUUGUAGCUGGCGAUAGUAAUGGAUUACCUGGUAGUACAUCAACAUCGCUCUAUCUUCCUACCGGCUUGACUCUUGAUCCAAUGGGUAAUCUAUACGUUGCCGAUUUAGUUAAUCAUCGUAUUCAAUUAUUUCUCAAUGGUGAAAAGAAUGGUACAACAAUUGCUGGUAUAACUGGUCAAGCAGGCAACGAUAGUUUAUCAUUGAAUAGUCCAUAUACAGUUGUUUUAGACAACCAGCUGAAUCUUUAUGUUGCAGAUAAUCAAAAUCAUCGAAUUCAAAAAUUUAUGCGAUAUUAA